GUAAACCGAAUGCGGCGAGAUGCUUGUUCGGCUUUAUUUUCCAGUUUUCGGUGUUUGAGGAUUUAUUAUUUAUUGUUUUGUAAAAAGUUUUAAUCAUGAAGAUUGCCGUGCAAAAUGUUAUUUGGGUUUUGAUGUUUGCGGCUUAUAAUUAUUUGUGUUUGGCCAAAGAUUCCAUCACGAUUGCUGCACUUUUCGAUGAAAAAGAUAGCCAAGCGGAAAUGCCUGUGCGUAGCAUGGUGUAUGCCAAAAAUAUAAUAGAUCAAAAGUUUUUUUACAAAGUAUUUUCUCAUAACAUGGAGAAAGCUGAUAGUUUCGCCUGCAGCCAGUUGCUAUGUAAACUAGCUGGUUCAGAAAAAGGCAUCGCAGCUGUUUUUGGUCCAGCUUCGCCUACAUGCUCAGCCAUCAUUCAAUCAAUGACAUCAUUUUUCGAAAUACCACACAUCCAAACAAGUUGGAAACCUGCUGGCUCACCCCUGUCCUCAACAGUGGUAAACUUUUUUCCCGAAGCUGAUCUGUUCUCUCAAGGUCUUGCCGAAAUCGUUCGAAGCUUGCAGUGGGAAAAAUUCGUGAUUGUAUAUGAGACUGAAGAAGCGCUGAUUAAGCUUCAAGAAGUUUUGAAGCUACAGGAGUAUGAUGAGGAGAGUAAGAUUGGUAUAACGUUUAAGCAGCUUGGGUCAAAAGAAGAUUAUAGACCUUUGUUAAAAGAUAUAGAAACCUCAUCUAUAACAAGAGUUAUAUUAGAUUGUCAUCUCUCGAAGAUAAUACCAGUUUUACAGCAAGCACAAGAAGUCAAUAUGUUGGAGAUAUUCCAUAGCUUUUUCCUGACUCAUUUGGAUGCGCAUACAUUGGAUCUGACUUCCCUGAACAGUCGAGCUAAUAUUACAACAGUAAGACUAUUUGACACUCAAACCCACGCUUUUAAAGAUGCUAUAAAAAAUUGGGAAUUGAUGGAGUAUCAUCAAGGAAGAAGAAUAUCUUUAAAUCCAGCAUCGAUAUUGACUGAAAGUAUUCUAACCCAUGAUGCAAUACUGUUGUUCAUAGAUACGUUAAACGCAUUGCAACUUACUCAGUUUCACCACACAAAACCAAUAAUUUGCAACGAAACAGAAAAAUGGCCAGAUGGUUUCGCCAUAAGUAAUUUUAUGAGAAUUAAACAACCGUCUAAAGAAAGUCUUAGUGGUCCUCUAAAGUUUGACGAUUUUGGAAGAAGAAUCGAUUUCCAGAUAAAUUGUGUUGAUAUUUCACAAAACAAAACCAUCUCGAUAUGGAGUCCUUCAAAGGGGUUAAAUUUAAGCAGGAAUUCAGAGGAAAAUACUCAAAUGAUUAUUGAAAACUUGCAAAAGAGCGUUGUUAUAGUCGCUUCAAGAUUGGGAAGACCAUAUUUAGCAGAACGAAAGAAACAAUAUGAAGGUGAACAAUUAGUUGGAAAUGCUAGAUACGAGGGCUACGCUAUGGACCUUGUAGCUGGCAUAGCAGAAAUUCUAAACUUUACUUUUGAAUUUAAAAUAGUAAAGGACUAUGGUAAACCUGACCCAAUCACUAAAAAAUGGAAUGGAGUAAUUGGAGAAGUCAUAGAAAGAAGGGCUCAUUUGGCUAUUUGCGAUUUAACUAUAAACCAUAUGCGGAGGGAAGUGGUAGAUUUUAGUAUGCCUUUUAUGACAUUGGGAAUUAGUAUUCUACACAAAAAGCAAGCCAAAAAGGAAGUCAACAUGUUCGCCUUUUUGGAUCCUUUUUCGAUAUCAGUGUGGAUAUACACUGCCACAUUAUAUUUGGCUGUUUCAGUCAUUCUUUAUUUUGUUGCUAGAAUGGCUCCAGGAGAUUGGGAAAACCCACAUCCAUGUGAUGAAAAUCCAGAAGAGUUAGAAAACAUAUGGGAUAUAAAAAAUUGUCUUUGGUUGACCAUGGGAUCUAUAAUGACACAGGGUUGUGAUAUUCUACCAAAAGGUUUUUCUUCGAGAAUGGCCACAUCUAUGUGGUGGUUCUUCUCCUUGAUCAUGACGAGUUCCUACACAGCCAAUCUGGCAGCUUUUUUGACCAUGGAAAGAAUGGAGCCAGCGAUAGACAGUGCAGAGGCUCUAUCCAAACAAACCAAAAUCAAAUACGGCACCGUGAAUGGAGGUUCAACUCAGGCAUUCUUCAGGGAUUCGAACUAUUCGACGUAUCAACGUAUGUGGAUUUCUAUGGAUACGAAUAAGCCCAGUGUGUUUGAGGACAACAAUGAGGAUGGGGUUAAUAGAGUGUUGACUACCAAGAAUGGACUGUAUGCUUUUCUGAUGGAGUCCUCGCAGAUCGAGUAUUUUGUGCAGACGAAGUGCGAGUUGAAGCAAGUAGGAACUUGGUUGGAUUCUAAGGGUUAUGGGAUUGCUAUGCCAAUGAACUCCCCGUAUAGAAGUGAGAUAAAUAAAGCAGUAUUAAAGAUGCAGGAAGAAGGGAGAUUGCAGACUUUGAAAACCAAAUGGUGGAAAGAUAAAAGAGAUGAGCCUUCUUGUGAUGACAUAAACGGUGGAGGAGGCAACUCUUCAGAACUAGCCCUAGCAAAUGUGGGAGGUGUAUUUUUGGUAUUAGUGAUAGGAGUUGCUAUAGCAAUCGUAUUAGCCAUAAUGGAAUUUCUAUGGAAUGUCAGAAACUUGUCCGUUCAAGAACAUAUGAGCUACUGGGAAGCACUAAAAGUAGAAGUAAUAUUCGCUUGCAACAUAUGGGUGACGAAAAAACGAACAAAACCAGAAGUUUCAGAGUCUUCUUCGUCGAAAAGCAGUGAAAAUGGAGACAAUAAAAGUAUCGCGCACAGUAUUUUGCAUAACGCCGGUUCUAUAUUUAAUUUAAACAAACAUUCAAUUUUAAAUUUGAAUCAAGACAAAGAUUAAAGAAUACUUUUAUUGUUUCGAUAAAAUAGAAGUAGGUGGCAGUGCAUGCUAAGAUUUUUAUUUUAUAUAGUGACCAACUGUCAGACAAAAAAGAACCAAGUUGA